AUGGCAGAACACCUUCAAGCUUCGGUUGGAUCCUUGCAAUCCUCUCUCCAAAUUCUCGAUUCCUCCAUCUCCACCCUUGAUGCCGGCAUUAGCGACUUUCCCAGACUAUGCAAGGUCUUGCAAACAACCCGACACUUCGAACUCCUUCCCGAACCCACUUUGCGCGAAGCGCAACAGUCCCUCCUGGACGAAAUCACCCCGAGCAUCGCCCAUCUAUUAUCCCUAGCGUCGAACCAUGUUGAGAAGCUCUCUCGGCGUGAACAGGGACUCCGCGCCAAGUGCGAGCUGCAAGAGGGGCGAAUGUACUCCAACGAGAGUCGCCAGCCGUCGAGGCUACGCAGUGCUUACGGCGAUCGACAAGGAGCUUCUGGAAAUGCGGCGAAAGCGGCCGAGUUGAGGAGAUUGGUCCAGAAGAAGGAGCGUCUACAGUAUGCGGUUGAGAGAUUGGAGUUGCAGAGUACGCAAAGAGAGCGACAGCUGCGGAAGAGUAUGGCUUUUCACUGA